AUGGCGUGGACUCGCAUCACCGUCGCCGUGGCCGCCGUCGGGAUGGUCCUGGCCUGCUGCAGCGCCCAGCUGCCGGAGUCCUUGACGCCGGAUGGGGCCAGCACGGUGGACACCCCGACGACGGACUCCGCGACGUCGGCCACCCCAACGACGGCCUUCUUGGAGUCCGGGGUAACUCCCCCCGCACUCUCCUCGGCCGGCGCUGUCUUCGUGGAGGAUCUCGUCGGCCUGGAGUCCGUCUGGGGCCACGGUGUUGCCGGAGGGGUGGCCGUCCUUCCCGAGGAAGCCGUUUCGCGGUUCAACCUCCUUGACGGCGUGCGUCAACACCCGCCCUCCGAGGCGUGCCGGCGAGCCCUCGACGACGUCCUGGAGGCCAGCACGCAGCUCCGGCUGUGGGCCCUCAAAAUGCUCUCGUCGUCCGUGAUGCUCCCGGACGCGCUGCUGGCCGCCAACAUGUACUCGCUGGGCGACUUCGACGGCUGCCUGUCGGUGCCCGAGGCAGUGUACUGCCUGCUGGACGUGGAGGUCCGCCCGGCCAGGCAGUCCGGGGCGCCCCCUCUGCCGACGCACCCUGGCGACGAAGAGAGCCCCUUCGAGCCGCCGCACGGCCACAACGCCACCCUCUGGGACCUGCUGCAGGCGCCGCUGGGCCGCGCCCUGGCAGUGGAGCUGCGGCUGCGCCUCCAGCACAGCGACUGCACCGACUUCGACGCCCAGCACGGCAAGCACAGCCAGCGCUCCUUCUGGGUGGCGCUGCGGCAGCGGCCCUCCCUUCUGCUCGUCACCGCGUUCCUGCUGGCGUUCCCCGUCCUCUUGCUGGUGGCCUCGGUGCGUUUCGCGCUCCGCGACUCCAACCACCUCGGCCCCUCGUCUGAGAAGCAGGGCCUGCCGGGCAAGGUGCUGGACUGCUUCGCCGCGCAGAACACGUGGCGCGCGCUCUGCCGCCACCAGAAGUCCCAGAUCCACUGCAUCCAGGGCUCGCGCACCAUCAACAUGAUCUUCUUGAUCGUAGGCCACCGGCUCAUCUACCUGUACGGCAGUCCACUACUCAACGCGGACUUCGUGGAGGCGGCCUACUCGCGCGCUGACAGUAUGCUCUUGUUGAACGGCGGCGGCUUGGUCGCCAAGUUCUUCGUCAUCAGCGGCUUCCUGGAGGCACGGCUGCUCUUGAAGCACUACGCCAAGCACCGCCGCUUCAGCGUCGCUUUCGUGGUGCUGCAGUACGUCAGUCGGUACCUCAGACUGCUUCCUGUCAUAGCCGUGUCGCUAGCCAUCCAGACGCAGUGGAUGCAGUACAUGGGCUCGGGGCCCGUCUGGGGGCAAGUGGCGGGCAGAGUGGUGCGGGACUGCCAGCAGUACUGGUGGACGCACCUCCUCUUCGUCAACAACUACGUCGCCCAGGGGUCGUUUUGCAUGAUCCAGACCUGGUUCGCCGCCGCGCUCCUCCAUAUGUUCCUGUUGACGCCGCCGCUCAUGUGGCUGGUGAGCCGGUGGACGCAGCGCGCGCUGUGGCCGGGCUGCCUGCUGCUGGGGCUGCUGCUGGCCGCCAGCGCCGUCGUGCUCUACACCAGCACCGUGCACGUGGGACUGCCGCCCACCUUGCUCGUACUCCCACGGACCCUGGUGCGACAGGCCUUCGGCAUUGAUCCUGCGUUCAUCUACCAGUACUUGCCCACGCACACCAACGUCGUGCCCUACGUGUUGGGCCUGGUGACGGGCACCCUGUUCUACCUGGCCAACCGAGACAAGUGGCAGCCUUCGAAGCGGACGGCGACUGUGCUGUGGCUGGGGAUCCCCCUCUGCCUGCUGCUCAUGAGCGUCACCUUGGUCUCCGCGAUCGUUUUUUUCCGGCCCUCGUUCGAGGCGCGGCCGCUGCUGGACGCUCUGUACGGCCCUGCGCGGCUGCUGGGGUUCUCGCUGCCCACCGCGUGGAUCAUCUUCACCUGCGGCUUGGGCUAUGGAGGCGUGUUCGACCGCAUUUUCUCGUGGGCGCCCUUGUUGCCGCUGGGCCGCUUGUCCUUCUCGGUGUACUUGAUCCACAUCACCAUCAUCGUCGUGACCACAAGCACCACGCGCCAGCCGACCUACGUCAGCGACUACGGCGUGGCUAGUCAAGCCGUUGCCGACGUCGUCAUCUCCUACGCGGCAGGCCUGGUGCUGCACCUCUGCGUCGAGGCCCCCAUGAUGAAUGUCCUGGCCAUCGCCUUUGCCCGGUUUAUCAGUUCGCCGGGCUCCGCCGCGAGGGUCUCGGGGGCCGUGAGCGGGAAGGCCGCCGGAGAAGCCCAGGACGCCGAUGAAAUGCACGAGAACGCCUCGACGAGCACCACCAAUGUGUGACCAAACCUGCAGCGUGCUGCUAACCAAGUUCCUACCGCGGAGUCCCUCCCAGCUUGUAAACUCCGUGUUUCCAUAUAACAGUGUUGCCACAUGAGUAGGCGAAAAUUCCCACGACGCACCAGUGUCGAGAGGAUUGCUAGCGAGGGGGUAUGCACUCGCGUAAUAGUCGGUUCACUCUAUCUGUAAUAGUACGCGUAAUAAUACGCGUAAUAGUCGCGUAAUAGCCAAAAUUGUCAAAAUUUUAUCAAUUUUGGUGUGUUUUAGGCCGUUUUUAGCUAAAUUCCGAUUAAUUUGUGGCGUAAUAGAGCGUAAUAGCGUAAUAGUCGGUACACAGGUUCAGAGAGCGCAUACCCCCUCGAUUGCCCAGUACUGGGCCACAUCUUGGGCACAUCACCGGCAAGUUGCAUAGUCGGCACGCUGAGGUUGGAAACCCUUCCGACACUAUUGCAUCGCGGGAUUUUUUUCCCCUGCUAAGGUGGCAGGACUGCUAAAAAAUGAGCCAAAAUAAAGAUCCGACAUGCAACUCUA